AUGACUGACGCCAUUCUGCUGGGAUUAUUAUGCUGUACUGCUGUACUGCCUGUUCUAUGGCAGCCAUCAUUGGCAACCCGCGAUUUCGAGAUUCGCUGGCGGGACAUCAACUGUUCGGUCGUUGAUCCCGCAACGGCGGAAAUCUUCAAAUGCGAAAUUGUGGAAAUGCCGAAGAGGCGGGGAAAUUUCCUGAACACCCUGCUCCUGCUGCGUCGUCCUGUCCACAAGAUGUGGGUGGAACUGAGUGUGGGUCAGAUCGCCAACAGGAAGGAUCGACUUCUCCAGCAUGUCCUAAAAAUUCGUGUGGAUGGCUGUCACCUAAUUGGGUUUCAGAGCACGAACAGAAUUCUGAAUGCCGUUCUCAAGAAGCUACUGCAAUCGGGGAACUAUCCAGAUGCCUGUCCCCUAUUGGCGAAUGUCAACUAUACGUCCACGCGUUUCGCCCUCAAUCCGGAUCACUUUCCGGCCUUAAUGCCAGACAUGAAGUUCAACACGAAAUUGGUCUUCCAGCUGAGCAGGAACAUUGGCCUGAUCAAAGCCAGCGUGGAUGCCGAGGUGAUGAGACGAUCGUAAAGAGAGAAAUAUUUCAAAUAAAGCACACCGAAAAGUA